AAUAUAUCAGAAGCUGAAGGCAAUCUUUGGAGCAGUGUGCAGAAGAGAAGAGACGAUGCACUUUCCCUUUCUAUCUGAAGGCUGCGGAGUGAGAGGAGAAUGCAGGAUCCGGCGUUGUUCCAGCCCUUGAAACCCCACUUUCCCGAACAAGAGCAGCUUAAGUGUCCGCGUUGUGAUUCCGUCAACACCAAGUUUUGUUACUACAACAACUACAACCUCUCGCAGCCUCGCCAUUUUUGCAAGAAUUGCAGAAGGUAUUGGACCAAAGGAGGUGCUUUGAGAAACAUCCCCGUCGGGGGUGGAAGCAGAAAGAACGCUAAACGAUCAUCCUCAUCCACCAACACCAAACGCGCUUCCCCGUCACCUGCUCCAGAACCCGACCCGACUCGUGUUUGCCCUAACCCGGUUGUUGGUGGUGGUGGUGGGAAUUUCGGUUCGUUUUUGGCAUCAGGUGCUCAUCUGGGGAAUCUCUUGGAGGGUCUGAAAUCAAGUGGGGCGAAUCUAAAAGCUGUGCAAAUGGAAGAAUUUGGGGAGAAUGUUAGUUCGGGUCACCUUGCGGAUCCGGGUUCUGGUCGGAACCCUGUGCUGCAGAUUGAAAGGAAUGGGAAUGCAGCAAGUUUUCUGAGUAUGCAAAAUGGUGAUUCAAGCUGUUGGAAUGGUCCUAAUGGGUGGUCUAAUCUCGCAAUUUUCACUCCUGGGUCUACCUAUGAAAAUUUAUGAAUAUUCUGAUAUAUGAUAUAUAUAUGUAUGUGUAUAUUCAGACAUGUUGUGAAAAGAUUUAUAUAUAUCAGUAGCUUAAGUUUAAGCCUUUAGGAUGUUGGUAUAUCAUAUAUAUAUCGUGCAAUGGAGGAUCACAAACGAGUAAGCCACUGCAACAGGAUCGCUUUUUUAGUUUCUUUUGUGUUGGAUUUUUAUGUUUGUGGAUGGUGGUGUUCUUCACUUUUACCAAUGAUGGAAGAGAGAAAGAAAACAGGUAUUUUCUUAGGGCUGAGCAUGGAGGGAGAUAUGAAUGUUGUUGUAGUGAGAUUGUUUUUAGUCUCAUCACGUAGAAGUGUUGCCAAUGCCAUGGCUUGGAGAUUCUAAUUUAUUUACUGUAUCUGUGUAUUUUACAUGCGCAAUUUAUUGUAUGCUGUUUUUAAUAAUAGCUUCUUGGAAAACC